AUGUUUAGUCCGAGCAUGGAUUCUUCAAGGGAUGCGGGUGGUGUGGCAGGAACAGUACUAAUUCCUAUGCGUUUUGUGUGGCCAUAUGGAGGAAGGAGUGUGGUUCUCUGUGGUUCUUUCACACGUCCUGCUUAUCUCUCUCUUUAUCGAAAAUUUUAUCUGAAAGGUGGUCUGAGCCUCUACCGAUGUCGCCUGUGGAAGGAUGUCCAACAGUGUUUCAAGUUAUUUAUAAUUUGCCACCCGGUUACCAUCAGGUCAGCUUAUAAUUAUGUUACCAGAUUAAUGUACAAGUUUUUUGUUGACGGAGAAUGGCGGCAUGAUGAACAUCAACCUUACGUACCUGGAGAAUAUGGAAUGGUCAACACUGUCUUCUUGCCCACUGAUCCUAACUACAUGCCUGUUUUGACUCCAGAUGUUGCACCUGGAAAUAGCAUGGAUGUGGAUAAUGAGGCUUUUCGCCGAAUGGUCCGGUUGACCGAUGGUACAUUGAGUGAGGUGCUGCCAAGAAUAUCAGAUGCUGAUGUACAAAUCUCCCGCCAGCGAAUUUCUGCAUUUCUGUCUUCCCACACUGCUUAUGAAUUACUUCCCCAGUCAGGCAAGGUUGUUGCUUUGGAUGUUGAUCUACCAGUGAAACAGGCAUUUCAUAUACUGUAUGAGCAGGGAAUUUUCAUGGCUCCUCUUUGGGACUUCUGCAAGGGGCAAUUUGUUGGUGUUCUUAGUGCUUUGGAUUUUAUUUUAAUUUUAAGAGAGCUGGGGAAUCAUGGGUCCAAUCUGACAGAGGAGGAGCUUGAAACACAUACCAUAUCAGCUUGGAAAGAAGGAAAGUCGUAUCUAAAUAGACAGAACAAUGGACAUGGAACUGUGUUUUCAAGACGUUUUAUCCAUGCAGGGCCAUACGAUAAUCUGAAAGAUAUUGCCGUCAAGAUCUUGCAAAAGGAGGUUUCGACAGUUCCUAUUAUCCAUUCUUCUUCUGAAGAUGCUUCAUUUCCACAGUUACUACACCUUGCUUCACUUUCAGGAAUACUUAAAUGCAUUUGUAGGUAUUUUAGGCACUGUUCUAGUUCCUUGCCUGUACUUCAAUUUCCAAUCUGUGCAAUACCGGUGGGCACGUGGGUGCCCAAAAUUGGGGAAUCAAAUCGGAAGCCUCUAGCAAUGUUGAGACCAACCACUUCGCUUGCUUCAGCCCUAAAUUUAUUAGUUCAAGCCAAAGUAAGCUCAAUACCUAUAGUUGACGAUAAUGACUCAUUACUGGAUAUAUAUUGUCGGAGAUGCACUACUGCACAAAGGUUAUUGUCAGAUUUCUUUUUUGUCUUGGAUGCUUUGCAGUUGGGCCAGGACGCAUAUAGUCCCUAUGAGCUUAGAAGUCAAAGAUGUCAGAUGUGUUUGCGUUCUGAUUCUCUGCAUAAAGUGAUGGAACGCUUGGCAAAUCCAGGUGUCAGGCGGCUUGUGAUCGUGGAAGCUGGCAGCAAACGUGUAGAAGGCAUUGUUUCAUUGAGUGACAUAUUCAAGUUCUUCCUUGGGGGUUAG